AUAACUUUCCACAAACAACUGCCAUGUCGGUGAAGAAAUCUCUAUCACUUAACGGAGGAAACACCAUUGCCAUCCUUAAGGGCCAGAAGCCGGCGAAGCGCGGCCGGUUCAAGCGGUGGUUUUCGUCGGCAGAGGAGGUGUCGUUGGAGCCGGGGAAGAAGCUUAAAGAAAUGGACUCAAACAAAUUGAAAGAUGAGAUCAAGAAGUGGGCUAAGGCUGUUGUAGCAUAUGCACGCCAAGUUAGUGGCCGUUUUGGAAGUUCUAGAGUCUAGAGGCAAGUGAUUAUAGUCGAUCAUAUCGCAAAUUCAAUUCAAUUUGUUAUUUAGAUUAUUUUUUAUUAAUAAUAAAUAUAGGCUCAAUUGU